ACUGCCCUCAUACCCUCUGGUCCACGGACUUUCCACUGACCACGCUGCUGCCCAGCUGCCCUCCGGGAGAGGAUUUCAGGCCCUGCAUCAACUGGAAGUUCACAGAGGCCCAGAAGCUGCUGGCCCAAAGGAGGCCCCGUCGGUCCUUCUUUGAACCCUCCAUCCGGGCCCUCAUCAUCUUGUGCGCCUCCCUGGCCGUGGUCCUCUCCUCCCUCUCCAUCUGCGAUGGCCACUGGCUCCUGGCCGACGACCGUCUGUUCGGGCUGUGGCACUUCUGCACCACCUCCAACCAGGCUGAGCUGCACUGCGUCCGAGACCUGAGGCAGGCCCACGUGCCCGGGCUAGCCUCGGGCAUGGCUGUGGCCCGCAGCGUGGCCACCUUGGCCGUGGUGGUCGCCAUCUUUGGCCUGGAGCUCCUCAUGGUGUCCCAGGUGUCCGAGGACGCCCACUCGUGGCACAAGUGGGCCGUGGGCUCCGCCCUCUUCCUCCUCGCCUCCAUCCUCUCCUUCGGGGGCCUCCUGAGCUUCCUGACCCUCCUUAGGAACGAGGUCACGCUCAUGGGCCUCAGCCUGACGUUCUGGAGCGAAUUCACGGCCUCCUUCCUCUUCUUCCUGAACGCCAUCAGCGGCCUCCACAUCAACAGUAUCAGCCGGACUGACAGCGUCACGUACCCCUGGGGCCUGCCUGCAAAAUUUUAGGCCCCCCCAGCGAGGGCGCUGAGUUCUACCAGAAAGUGUGGUCAAGAUGGGACUUCUCCAACAUGUGACAUUCGAACUGCCGCCUCUCGGCCUUGGGGUGGUCGGGCCAGUGGCCUUUGCAGCCCAGAGGGCAGGUGGGCGCCUCCGAGCCACCAGCUGCACCAGCUUAGCCACGUUAUUAGGAUGUUGACUUCACAAGAAGAAACAUAUUCUGAAACCCAUUCUUGAGUCCUUCCUGGGAUGGGAGUAGAUGUGGAAGCAGCUCAGGUAACCGGUGCUCAGGCUGGCCGCACAGCCAAGUACAUUUCACACCUGUUUUAGUGACUCUGCUGGGAUAUGGGCUGCAGGGCCCCUGGGGCCUCCGGGCUUGCUAAGAGUGAAUCGUCUGUCAGCGAAGGGUGUCCAGUCAGUGCCGAGGACUUGCUUCACCAGCUCAAAGGGCCUCGUGCAGAUUCCCUGCUUUAGCUUUGGUCGCGUCAGGGAGGCAGCGUUCAGGGCUGCUGGGGUGCAGAAGCUUUUCAAACCGUUUGACUUUAUUUGAGCCCUGCCCUUUGUCGGGGGGACCCCGUAAUCCCUGGAUAACCCCAGCUUCCAGCAGCUGGCUGUGCCUCGGGACUCUCCCUGUCAAUCCCGCCUGAAGCCCUUCCAGGAGGGCCCGCCUGGCUUGGUAAGCGUGGGCAAUCCACCUUUGGUAAGGGCCCGACAGCCUCAGGGUGCCAUUUUUAUCCUAGAGCACACUUCAAAGAGGACGUAUCUGGAGCUGCUGGACUCCAGGGGGUACUGGGGACUGGCCCGACCUCAGGUAAUGAUUAACAACCACCCUGGAUGCAGAGGCCUGCAGGUGGAGGGGACCAGGAACCGGUGGAGAUUUCCACCUUUGCUGGCCACUUUACAUUUCUGUGCACCAAACUGGCCUCUUUCCAGUCCCUUUUCUGCCCAGUAGGUGGGCUUUUUGCUCUCAGCCCAUUUCAUUCAACACUAGCCCCGUGCCCCUCCCCCACCUGAUGACUUCAGGCCUUUCCUGGUUCAUUCUGGCUGCCACUGAUUGCAUGGGGUUUUGGUCUCUGCCCUGCCAGGUCCUCUUUCUGGGCUGGACUGGGUGCCUCUACCUCUCCUGUGAUUUUUUUUUUUUUUAACUUUUUGAUUCCAAGGUGUACAGAGUCCAUGAAGGUCCCUGGAGAGCGCCCUGGAAAAUGGAUAUCUGGCCUUCUCACCCCAGUAGCAGACUAUAAGAUGCAAAGGGGGUGACCUUGUCUUCAGGGGUGAGAUGCAGAAGUUGGGGGCCAGGGCCACUUGUCCAGGGUCACCUAAAGCCAGAACUAGAGCUGGGCCCACCUACCAGCAAGAUGCCCUCUUCUCUAGCCGCGGGGAGGGUCGUCUCUGCUUCUGUCAAGAAUACUCUCCCCCUUGGGCUUCCCUGGUGGCGCAGUGGUUGGGGGUCCACCUGCCGAUGCAGGGGACACGGGUUCGUGCCCCGGUCCGGGAGGAUCCCACGUGCCACGGAACGGCUGGGCGCGUGAGCCGUGGCCGCUGGGCCUGCACAUCCGGAGCCUGUGCUCCACGACGGGAGAGGCCACAACAGUGAGAGGCCCGUGUACCGCAAAAAAAAAAAAAAAAAAAAAAAAAAAGAAUACUCUCCCCUGAGCACGCAGGCUUUGUUUUGUAAAAGGGUUCAAAUAUUUAGUCCUUUAACCCUCACAUGGCUGCUAAUAAUUGAGGGAGCUGAGAUUCAGAGUAAAGGGUGAGACUUAAAAUCCCCAGUGGGGCGGGGAGACAGGGCCCUGU